AUGUACUCACAGAGAAUACGAAACCUUGAGCCGUCCAAUAGUAUCGAGAUAGUCGCCCUCGACGGAAUAGAGGGCAACAUCGGAAUGAAUAGAGAACGCCCAAGUCCGCCGCCUUUGCCAAGAUGGGAAGCUAUUCAUGAACCACCUCCGUCCGGCGAUGAGGAAGACGAGGAUGAAGAGGACGAAUUAUUGUCUAGUUCGUCGCACCAGACGCCUGCCCCUGUCAAUCCCGUACUCAAAAGGAAGGAAAGCGACUGGUCCUCUCAGUCGAUUCCCAAACGCCCGAAGCAUUCUCAACCAACACCAAGGAGCGAGCCUGGUGGUUCAAGAGGACAAGCUGAGAGUGUAUCCGCUCCAGUACGCCAAACGAAUGGGUCGCGUCCUCCAUACCCCAGCACGUCCUUUUCCUCCACAUUCAUUCCUGGCGCCUCGAAAGGAGCUGCCCCAUCUCUCACUGCCCCUUCCACAUCUAGCCAAUCGGUGCCUUCGAUGCUACCACCUCCUUUACCUUCUCGAAAUAUUUCUUCUGAGAGAAGACCGUCUUCUGAAGCGGCAACCAAUUCUCAAGCCUCAUCGUCGAGUAGGAAUACAGAUCAAUCGUCUACCAGGAAACCCACAUCCACAUCCACCUCUAUACCUCGUCCUCGUCCGAUAUCAAAGAAGAACAUCCCAAGCUCCUUGCCGCGGGAGUUAUUUUCUGCCGCUGUCUCAUCUUCCCGCAAAGCCUUGUCAGCCAAUACUUCUGCAAAGCCGAAGCCGAAGCCAAAUUCAAAACCCAUGCCAUCUAAUGAGAUUAUCGAAAUCUCUGACGACGAACCUUCUCCCCCCGGACCGAAAAAGUCAUUGCCUCCCAGCGAGAUCAUUGAAAUUUUCGAUAGCAGCGAUGAAGAAUCGGCGGUUCCUCCUGCUCGUGGGUCAGCCUCGCAGAGCGUGCCUUCGUAUGUUCCAACAGGGCCCCCACGUAGAACCAAAGCUAGCGUCAAUGAGGAAAGAGUUAUUACGAGCGCGUCACGUUCUAGCCUCUCUCAGAAAGAUAGGAAUGGCGACAGGAUGGAUGUCGACAUUGAACCGUCCACCUUGCAACCGUCCAAGACCAGCUUGCUACAGCCAGCUCUCGUUCCAACCAUUCCGAUGAAGCCAACCGAUGAAGACCAAUGCAUGGUCGUGGACAGGAUCAAAGAGCCCCCUGAUUCGACGCUCUCCGCCACCCGCAUUCCCUCGACUCCGACUUCUGCUUCAUUCAAUAAUAAUAAGGAUGAGGUCCGAGUGAAGAACUCUGGCGGAUAUACACCCUCAUCUGUACCUCGACGGAUGUCCACAGGUAGCCCCAAGUCUGCCGCGAAGAAGCCAGUUAGCCGAGAAGGUUUGACCCCCAUUUCAGCACCCCCGUCUGCCAGCACCCAACCGUCUCCUUCAAAACCCCGCCUCCAACGAGGUCUGAAGAGUGCUUCUGCUACUUUCCGCCCGCCAGAGGAGGCUUCACUGCCAUCACCUUCAAACAGCUCUUCCGAAGCGCGGGCCUCAUCUCGACGGAUGUCGCAUGCCAACUCUGAUGACGCUGGGAUCGAUAUGCGGAAUCUGAACGAGGCAUUAGGAUUGGGUGCGUUAUCAAGUCGGCAACAAACGCCAGAAAACCCUGUUACGGUCAAACCACAGCCGAUCUCUCCUGAGAUGCCCAAACCAUCAACUGCCCGCAACCUCAUGCUGGAGAGGCCCAAGUUCGUUGCCCGGAAGUCCAGUGGCGGACGCAUUCCUGCUCCUCAGAUACCUCUCCGUGAACCGGGCACUGCUGACAUGCCCAUCGACCUAACCUCCGACAACGAAGAUGUCGGCCCCGAGGAUGCUGUCAUGGAGAAAGCUCGCGAAAGUGCCAAAACCCUUGUGAAACUUGUCGCAGACCUAAAGGGAAAGAAAUUGGAGGCUUUCACCCCACCUUCAAAACAGCAACCUUCCACGAACGCGCUUCUGCACGAACCAUAUGCAUCGUCUUCUAGAGCCAGCGCUUCAACAGAUGAGCUUGCCCUUAGAUCUGCCGGGGUUUCUGCCUCUCCUCCCCCUAGAUCGGUAUCUCCUCAGUUUGGCUCGCCAGGUAUCCCAGUUGCAACAAAAUCAUCCGAGGUACAGAACGAAGCCAGACGGAACUCGGCUCCUUCUCUAGGGAAAGAGCCAGUGAGCCGGGUCAUUCGCUCGUCAAGUCCACUAUCUCGACCAGUUACCAGCCCUCGAAGUCCUUUGACGAAGCGUCCUGAGGCACGACCUUUCUUAUCUGCUUCUAUGCCGCAGGUCCCAACUGCCCUCAGCUCGCUAGCGAAAUCUGCGACAAGUCUUCAAUCCGCUGCGCAAUCUGCGUCAUCGUCGCAUAGCCUCCCUGCUACAGUUCCUACACUUCGUUAUACACCAACUUCGUCUGUGUCCACGCCGUCGGUUUCACCAGUGCGAGCAACACAAGCAGCCCCAGUGGCCCCUACUGAAAACAUUGUCCAGGAAACAUCUCAUGCCGUCGUUACGAAACUGCAUGCACCGCAAACUGUGCUGGAUCCAGCUGCCAUCGCAGCGCAAUUACCAAGCGGAACAUUAUCCGAGGACGAAGCGACCGAGGUUCAGCAACUGAUUGCAGAAACAGAUGACGAGAUAGAAGACGUACAGACCAAAGAUGAUGCUCUAAUGGACGUCGACAGUGAUGAGGAAAUGCCACCUGAGGCUAGUGUGGAUGCCAACGAAGGUAGCGAAAUGGGUGACGCGCCGGAAGAUGACGUGCCUGAUUCCAACAGCCUCGAUGAUCUGGCACUUCCACGAGACCCAGUCGAUCCAACAGGGCGAACUGAUACACCCAGCGAUGGCGAAGACAGCUGUGGUUCCUCAGCCUCUCUCCCACCUGGACGACGGCGGUCUUCUCGGCGGUCCUCGCAUUCGUCGAGCGAUAAUGGUUCCAACGAGGUUUUCGACGACGAUUUCGGCCUGUCUGUGUCAGCUCCUGCCAGCCGCAGCACGACGCCGGAGGAUAUCGUGUUAGAUGUUGUUCCGAAGAAAUCGUAUGGCGGUUUCGCUGCUGUGACAUGGGCCGAGUAUAGGAAGGACCCCAACAACUUCAGACCAAAGGUCUACCGCGCCAGAGAUUUGCCACAUACCCUUCAAGACCACGUCAACAGGAUGGUCAACAGCCAAGAAACACCCCACGGCGCUCGCGAGCUCUUCGAGGCUAUGAUCAGUGAGAACACGGCAGAUGAUGAGCCACUCGCACCGCAUAUCAGAGUAGAGAACGACGUGGAUGACGAGGCGACCCCGCCAUGGGAAUUCUAUUAUUCCAACAAGAUGUGGCACGGUGAAGGUGUACCAGAUCCCGACAUCAAGGGCCUCCUAAGUUGUGACUGUCGAGGCUGGUGCAACCCCAAAUCGAAGACCUGUGCAUGCCUCAAGCGACAACGUGAUGCUGUCAAAGACAAAGACCUCGUCGUUGAGUUCGCCUAUGAUAAGAAUGGCAAGCUCAAGAUUGCGGGCUAUCCUGUGUUUGAGUGCAAUGAGCUUUGUGGGUGCAGCGAAGAAUGCCGAAAUCGGGUGGUUCAACAUGGCCGAAAGGUUGAAGUCCAUAUUCGGAAGACGGAAAGCAAAGGCUGGGGAGUGUUUGCUGGAGACAAGAAGAUACCACAGGGCACUUUUAUUGUCAUCUACCAAAAGAACAGCAACAAGUUUGGACAUCUCAGUUUACUGUUGAUGCAUAUCAUGCAGGAAAUUUCACUAGAUAUCUGGUAG